GGUCACUGCUGUAAACUGUUCCCGGGGAGCGCCUCGUUGACGUCACUUCCCCAGCGCGCGAGAGAGCAAGCUAGCGCCUGCUAACUAACAACCGACUAACAACCGAAAACUAUCCCGGAUCUCCACGAAGAGUCGAUAAACUCCGGAGCAGAUCAAAGUUAUUUACCUUAGAAUCGACAGUCGAGCUGUAUAUCGCUUGUGUUGUCGCUGACAUCCGCUCUGGCGCAGUUUGUUUGCGGUUUUGUGAAGAAAGCUGCUCUGUUGUUGACAUCCAUGACGGGCACGGAUGUGUGUUGUGUCACUGGGCUCAGGACGUUAAGUCAGCAGCUAGCGUGACUUUUUCACGGAAGUUUCUCUCUGUUAUGUUUCAAUCCCUCCGCUCAGUCUGACUCAGUAUUGGGCUGGACUUCUGGCUUUGUUUUUUUUUUGUUUGGUUUACGAUGAAGCUGCAGUGUGAUGUGGAGGUGGUGAAUCGCAUGCUCCCCACAUUUGGGAUGAAAAGCCGAGGAAAGGGGGCCAGAGCUGUGAUCUCCAUUGGGAAGCAUUUGGACAAGACGAGUCAACGCAGCAACAUUUACAUGAUGAUCUGCACAGCUAAAGACAGAGCAGGCUCUAAAUACAAGGUCAGUAAGUGUUAUUAUCAACAUUACACCUCCUGACUUCUGCACCACCUUGCUAUGCUGGGAUUCAUAAUAGACCUCCAAACUUGUGCCCUCUCUGAUGCUAUUUUCAUGAUUUCUUUGCCAUUGCUUUGAUCUGUUGCAAACUUAAUUCAAGGCUUGUAAUUGAUACACCAAAAAGCAUACUCAAUAACACAUAUACACAGAGAGAGAGGGGUUUAAGUAAAAAAAAUAGUGUCUACUCAUUGAGUAAGAUCCAGAUUUAGUCUCCAAAACAUACAGGUUCAAGAGUUAGGCUUUUAGUUGACUUCAAAAAUUAAAGAGACAACGAAAGGAUUAAAGCCCAUGGAGUUGUAUGAGCUUUUAGUGACUGAGAUUUACAGGCAUUAAAGCUCCUGUAUGGGACUUUUAGUGACCCUUGUGGAUGAUCUUGUCUGUUGUACAGGUUUUUUUCUGUAUAACAAAUCUCAUCCUAUUUACUUUACUUUGUUUUAGAAGUCAGAUGCAUCAGUCUGUGAAUUGGAAAAUACACAAAAAGAGCUACUGCGGGACCUAACUUGUGGCAGUAGCUGUAGGACUGAACAAUAACAACAUAGUUAUGAUGUCUUUAAUGGUCUUGUUGGCUUUUGUAGCCCCAGUAGAGACACAAGUAUUGAAUUCAGUAUGUUUAAAGUCCGAUUUUAUUGAGUUAUUGUAUAUCCGCCUUUGUGUUUGUAGAGUGAAAUGUCCAUUUUGCUGUAUCCCUUAAGACACUGUUAUUGUAUGGAGUUUUUAACUAAACAUUAAAAUUAAAUAACCUGAUGCCUGAUACCAACAUAAUUUUUCAAUUCCUCACAGUUAAAUUCAUAAUACAUGCCAUCCAUACACCAGAUUUAGGGUACUUCUUGUUCUUUCAGUAGCUUUGACAAAAUUCUGAAUCCGUUCAAAAUCUAAUGUUCAUGCUAUAAAAAUGUAACAACAGGAACGAAUUUACUUUUAUGUCAAUAAAAUACCAAGAUAAUCAUGACGAUAUUUUUGUCUUUGGUUGGACACCAUGAAACAGUCAACAGCAAAACAUCCAAACUACUUUUGUUUACUGUUUUCUGUUGUCACUGUCCUUUGAGUCACUUAUAAAAUCAAUUAUUUAUCAUUGUCUUUCCUUUAAAGACCUUGAUAGGUAACCCUAGAAGUGCUGCUUUCAUUGACUCAAAUGCCACGUUCACCUUAGACUACAACCCCAGAUUUUUAAGGUCACAGAAAUGGACACAUAUGAACCCACCAUUAAGUAGACACUAACAUGUUUUCAGUAGUCCUGUCUGCACAUGCAGAGCGGGUGAAUCACUCUGGGUUUGGGGAUGAUGGUGCAAUCCCUUCCACAAUUGAUUGUGAAAUGUAUUUUUCCAUCACUGACACUUGCCAACUUUCUCUUGCAGCUCAAAGACAACAUUGAGAAGUUCUUCACUUGGUUUGUGGAGGAAGGCAAAGCCACUGUGAGACUAAAGGAACCCGCUGUUGACAUUUGUUUGAGCAAGGUAUGACGGCUGGGCUGACAUAGCGUAAAUAACGUCGGGUAUUUCUACCCAGUGACUGGUUGUAUUUUUUUUUUUUUGUUUGCCCACAACAGGAUUCGCAAGUUUCUGAUGAAGCAAUGUCAGUCGUAUUUCCCCAAAAGUAUGGUCAUGCAAGGGAAUAAAGCUUUCCACUCUCUUUUGUCAACUAGACAGACAAAUUGUUAGUUGUUUUGACUGCCUGGACAGACACCAGUGCAGCAGCCUCAUUGUUUCCAGCUGCUUUAAAGCCCUCUUGGCUGUUAUGUGGAGAUGGUGACCCUUCACCUAGAUUCUAACAUAGUUCAACCUGUUACAUUGACAGAAACAUUAUCACACACCCACAAACAGGCUCACAACAAAUUAGGCAGAUAAAAAGGAAUAUCAGGAGCUACAUGAACCAAAUGUUAGUCGAUGUACAGAGCCACAGUUGUUAAAACGAAAGCACAAACUCUGAUCCUAACAGUAAUUUAUUCGAAAUAGCACAUUGUACGUGUUUUAGAUGUCAGUUUGUCAUUUUAUACUGAAUUAAACUGUGCAGGUCUUCACAAUAACUGCAUUAAAUUCUCGUUUAUUACAUGAGACUGAGGUUUUUAUUCCCAGAAGCAAAAGCGCAUCACUUUCAUCAGAGAAAGUGUGUCAAGAUAAAGUCCAGGCUGGUGAAUGUAGGUUAAAUAAUUCGAGCAGUAAAGCUAUUCACCAUCAUGAGAGAGGACACUUGGUGUUUGAUGUUUCUGUCACCCAUUUUUCCACUACUUAACUCCUACCUUUGUUGAUCGAUUGUUUUUUAGGCUGAUGCGAAUAGCUUAAAGAACUUCCUCUCAGCCGCUCGCUUAGCCGACAAAGGAAGCGACACCAGCAGCCUCCCUCUCUCUACACUCACCCCUGUCCGCGCCCGCGAAGUUGAGCAACCCAAGAAGAAGCUCACCAUCGUCUCAAAGAAGGACUACCCACUCACCUCCAACUUCCCGUACUCUCUGGAGCAGCUGCAGGUCUCCUACUGCAAGCUGUCACGCGUGGACAUGCGGAUGCUCUCACUGAAAGGUAAUACGUGAGGCUUGUGUGGUUUGAAGUCAAGGAACUUUCCUCCCUGACUUCAAUUCAAAGAAAGUCCCAGUUGUUUACUUUUUUUGCCCCCCAAUCCCAGGGUGUAAAAAGGGUGUAAUGCUGUUCUACACAAUUGUCACAUCACUCAUGUGGACACAUAAAUUAUCCUGAUGAGAGCAUCAUGUUUUAAGAGCUUGGGAAGAGCAUCAGGUUAACAAAACUUUACUGCUAUUUUUUUGUAGUUUGACGGUCUUUGUCCUCAAUCUUCAUCAAAAUACAAUGGCAGCUUGAAUACCUCUUUUAAGGACCUGCUUUGAACCAGAUGCUUGCAUUUUCUUUUUGCAGCUCUCCGCAAGCUCGACCUAAGCAACAACCACAUCAAGAAACUCCCAGCCACCAUCGGUGACCUGAGCUGCCUCUCGGAGCUCGUCCUCCACAACAACCACCUGGAGGCCUUCAGCGAGGCCCUCUGCCUGUCCACUCUGCAGCACACCCUCCAGCUGCUGGACCUCAGCCAGAACCGCCUGCGGUCCCUCCCUGCUCAGUUCUGCCAACUCAGAGAACUAGUGAACCUCAAACUGGACGACAAUGAGAUGAUUUGUUUGCCUUUUCACAUUGGAAGGCUCUGGAGGUUGAGGUUCCUGUCGGCGCCGAACAACCAGCUGGCUGUGCUGCCAGCUGACUUCCGUAAGCUGAAUCUGGAGAGUCUGGACCUGUUUGGAAAUCCAUUUGUACAGCCAAACCCUCUGGACCACACCAUGAAACUCACAUUCCCUGUCCCACUGCAAGAGCUGGCAUCCAGAGCCGUCGUCAACCUCAGGUAAGACUUAGACCCCAUCCCAAACCGCCCCCUAACACUCGCCCUGAAGUUACACUCGUAAUGAAGUUACACUCGCGGCUGUGGAGUGCGCCUCAAUUGAAACAGGAGGGUAUAAACAAGACGGGCAGGUAUGGGACGCCCUCUUCACUCCACCGGAAAACAGAAAGAUUCAUCACCAUAGCAACACAAAGAUGCAUCCUGUGCGAGGCAGCAUUUAUUUUCUUAGUAAAAGGACAUCAUGUUCAGUUCUGAGCCACACCGGCUGCCUCGUUUCUUCAUCCUCCCAGUAAAAUCAUAAAUCCAGCAACCAUCACAGUGACAGGAGCUAAAUUAUACUUCUGAUUGUUAGUGAUACUACACGUCUUUGAACCCCUUCAAUAUUUGACAUGUGCCCGCGCAAUCAAAUCAAACCUCAGCACAGAAUAAGAUUUCUGACUCCUGCUUCAUCUUUCCAAACCCCGUCUUUUGUGAUUUAUUUUUUUUUGUCAGUAAGACAAAGGUGGACACAUACGGAACUUAUAUUUGUAUGUUGAAAGCGAACUUCUGAUCGUAUUUUUUCUCAACAGGAUACCCUACGGACCUCACCUCAUCCCUGCCCACCUGUGCCGGGACCUUGAGGUAGCCAAGACCUGCGACUGUGGCCGUGUCUGCAUUAGCUUCUACAUCAAGACUGCGGUCAGCAUGAACCUGCAUCAGGUCUCUCACACAGUGGUUCUUGUGGAUGACAUGGGGGGCACACAUGCUCCGGUGCAGCAGCACUUCUGCUCCCUCUCCUGCUACUCUGAGUUUUUGGACAGCUCUCUCCAGAGAGGAAUCAGAUGAAGAACAGACUCUUUUCAUCUGGCAUUAAAAGGUACACUAAAUGCUGGAGGUUGCUGUGGACUUUGUCAUUUGAUUGCAGGUGGUGCAAAUUAUUAUUGACUCUUUAGAGCCUUUAUUUCAAUGUGUUUCAAGCUGCCUGUUCACCACACAUGAAGAACAGGUGAAAAAAAGACAGAAAAAAAAAAAACCCUUAUACCUGCUCCAGCAUGGCACUGACAUUUAUGUUAAUACAGUAUACUGCAACACUGAUGCAAACUGACGGUUACCCGUGCUGCUGUGAAGUAUUAUCUUCAUCUUUACUGUCCUUCCAUAGUCUUCCCUUGCUGACCUACCUAAUCUAGCCUAGGGAUUAAAGACAUGAGAUGAGUUUUUACCUGAACACAGUGCCUCAGGGGCCACAAGUAUUGGCUUAACAGAGUUGGUUUUUACUGCGCUAAUGACCCACAGUUUUUAUACAUGUAUAUUUGAAGAAUUUAAUAAAAUAAAGGUGUUCAUAAAAUUUU